AUGGAGCCAUCCUCAGGAUCCGUGACUCCAGUUGAUGUGGAGAAUGGCGCUGUUCAGAUGCGAAAACGACUUACCGUGACCUUUCGGGACUUGAAUGUUCGAGUGACGGCCCCUGAUGCAGCGCUAGGGGAUACAUUAUUAUCCGAGAUUGAUCCUCGUCGAUUGUUGGGACCCUUCAAGAGAGGCAAAAUGCGAAAGAGAACGAUUCUGAACUCGGUAUCUGGUCAAGUUAAACCGGGAGAAAUGCUACUUGUACUAGGUCGACCUGGGUCUGGAUGUACAUCACUCCUUCGGGUUUUGUCCAACGAUCGCGACUCAUUCGACGAGGUCAGCGGCGAAACGUACUAUGGAGAUAUGGACCAUAUUUCUGCAAGGAAAUUCCGGCAGCAGAUCAUGUUCAAUAACGAAGACGACAUCCACUUCCCUACGUUGACUGUGAACCGAGCCUUGAAGUUUGCCUUGCGAAACAAAACGCCGAGCACAAUGCCCGAAGACAUAGACGACCGUAAAAAUUUUGUUUUGAAAAAACGCGAUGAAAUUCUCGACUCACUGGGCAUUAGCCAUACCAAAAAGACCCAGGUGGGGAACGAGUUUAUCCGCGGAGUUUCUGGGGGCGAACGAAAGCGUGUAUCUCUCGCUGAGGUGAUGGCAGGACAGAGCCCAGUGCAGCUGUGGGAUAAUCCCACGCGUGGGCUCGACUCGAAGGCUGCGGUGGAGUUUACGCGGUUGCUCCGACGUGAAACGGACGAGAAAGGCAAAACCACUAUCCUCACAACUUAUCAGGCUGGCAACGAUAUAUACAACCUGUUUGACAAGGUUCUCGUCCUCGCCGAGGGACGGGUGAUGUACUAUGGCCCUCGGGCCUUGGCCCGCGCAUACUUUGAAGACCUGGGAUUCAUCUGUCCCAAGGGUGCGAAUAUCGCCGACUUUCUGACCUCCGUCACUGUUCUGACCGAACGCACCGUUCGAGACAACCUGGGCCUGAAGGCACCGGAUACCCCCGAAGAAUUCGAAGCGCGCUACCUGAAUAGUUCGAUUUGCAGGGAGCAGCUAGAUGCGAUCGAGCCCCCUGACAAGCUAUUCUACGAGACAGAAGAUCUUGACACUGCCGUGUCUCAGGAGAAGCGAAAACAUCAUCUGCCUCGCAACAAGAGCGUCUACACCGUCAGUCUGUGGGCCCAAGUCGCCUCGUGCGCACUGCGGCAGUUCCAAAUUAUGUGGGGAGACAAGUUCUCUUUGAUUGUCAAAGUAUGCUCGGCGAUUAUCCAGGCUCUGGUGUGCGGAUCUCUAUUCUAUAACCUGCCUGAAGACAGUUCUUCGAUUUUCCUGCGUCCAGGUGUUCUUUUCUUCCCAGUGUUAUAUUUCCUGCUGGAGUCGCUGUCGGAAACCACAGGUUCUUUCAUGGGUCGGCCGAUCCUUUCGCGGCACAAGCGAUUCGGAUUCUACAGGCCAACGGCGUUUUGCAUUGCGGAUGCUCUCACCGAUAUACCAGUUGUCAUAGUCCAAGUGACGUGUUUUUCCCUGAUCCUGUAUUUCAUGUCCUCGCUCCAACACAACGCGGGGCGCUUCUUCACGUUCUGGAUCAUCGUCAUCAGUCAGACCUUGUGCUUUAUCCAAAUGUUCCGUGCCGUGGGCGCUAUUUGCAGAAAAUUCGGAAAUGCGUCCAAGAUAUCUGGCUUCCUUUCGACCGUGUUCUUCGUUUAUGGGGGUUAUUUAAUCCCAUUCCAUAAGAUGCACGUUUGGUUCCGUUGGAUUUUCUACUUGAAUCCAGGAGCAUACGCAUUUGAGGCCCUGAUGGCCAACGAGUUCGUUGGAAGAAAGUUCCGAUGCAUCGCGCCAGAUUAUGUCCCUUACGGCCCGGGAUACCCAAGCUCUGCUUCGCCGUAUCGGGGCUGUUCGGUUCUUGGAAGUGACGAUCAAGGUAUAAUUGAUGGUGCAACAUACAUUCGAGAGCAGUACAACUAUUCAUUCCACCACAUCUGGCGCAGCUUUGGUGUGAUUGUGGGCUUCUGGAUAUUCUUCAUUGCGCUCACGGCAAUCGGGUUCGAGCUGGGUAACAAGCAAAACGGCUCGUCGGUGCUUCUUUACAAGCGCGGGAGCGAGAAGAAGCGUUGUAUUGCGCGAGACGAAAACACUGAAAAGCCCGCUACAGAGAUCCUGAGUGGGAACCUGAAGCAGUCGACCUUUACUUGGCACAAUUUGGACUACUAUGUCUCUGUCUCCGGAGGACAGAAGCAGCUUUUGAACAAAGUAUUCGGAUAUGUGAAGCCCGGGAACCUGGUGGCGUUAAUGGGGGCUUCGGGCGCUGGUAAAACAACUCUGCUUGAUGUUCUUGCGCAGCGAAAAGACUCUGGUGAAAUCCAUGGCUCCAUUCUUAUCGAUGGGCAUCCGCAAGGAAUAAGUUUCCAGCGAACUACAGGAUACUGUGAGCAGCUCGAUGUCCACGAGAAAACAGCCACUGUCAAAGAAGCUCUCACGUUCUCUGCACUCUUACGCCAACCGUCCACUGUCCCCCACGCCGAAAAGAUCGCUUACGUGGACCAUAUCCUCAAACUAUUGGAGUUGGAGGAUAUUAGCGAUGCGUUGAUUGGAGUUCCCGGUGCUGGUCUCAGUAUAGAGCAGAGGAAGAGAGUUACUCUAGGUGUGGAGCUGGUGGCGAAGCCAACUCUUCUCUUCUUGGACGAGCCGACAUCUGGACUUGAUGGUCAAAGUGCGUUCAAUAUUGUUCGAUUCUUACGAAAGCUGGUUGAUGGCGGUCAAGCGGUCCUGUGUACCAUCCACCAACCUUCUGCGGUUCUGUUCGACGCGUUUGAUGGCCUCUUGCUCCUUGCGAAAGGAGGACGAAUGUCUUAUUUUGGGGAAACCGGGAAGGAGUCCACCACAGUCCUCGACUACUUUGCCCGAAAUGGUGCACCGUGCCCUCCUGAUGCAAACCCCGCGGAACACAUCAUUGAAGUUGUUCAAGGCAGUUCAGGUAGCAAUGUCGACUGGGUUGAGGUUUGGAAUCAAUCUCCGGAGCGUGAGAAGGCUUUGGCAGAGCUCGAGGCUUUGAAUAAAGCCGGUAUGGCUGACCCCAACUAUGUGGAGGACACGGCCGAUUAUGCCACUUCACACUGGUUCCAAUUCAAAAUGGUCACUAAGCGCCUGACGGUUCAGAUUUGGCGCUCACCAGACUAUAUGUGGAAUAAAAUCAUCCUCCAUAUCUUCGCCGCUCUUUUCAGCGGAUUCACGUUCUGGCAGGUCGGCAACGGCACAUUUGACCUUCAACUACGACUGUUCGCUAUCUUCAAUUUUAUCUUUGUGGCUCCCGGUUGUAUCAACCAAAUGCAGCCGUUCUUUCUGCAGAACAGAGAUAUCUUUGAGACCCGCGAAAAGAAGUCAAAAACAUAUCACUGGAUCGCCUUCAUUGGCGCUCAAACAGUGACCGAAAUCCCCUAUCUGAUCAUUUGCGCUACUCUCUAUUUCGUGUGCUUCUACUUCACUGUGGGAUUUCCGACCGCCUCCAGCAUUUCUGGCCAUUUCUACCUCCAAAUGAUCUUCUACGAGCUGCUGUACACAUCAAUCGGCCAGGCUAUUGCGGCAUAUGCCCCUAAUGAAUAUUUCGCAGCCGUCAUGAACCCUGUGCUGAUCGGAGCCGGUCUGAUCAGCUUUUGUGGCGUUGUCGUCCCGUACAGCCAGAUGCAGCCCUUUUGGCGGUACUGGAUGUACUACCUCGAUUCAUUCACCUACCUACCCCCCGAUGGACAGACGUGCGGGGAAUACAUGGCCAACUUCCUCUCAUCACAAGCUGGGUACUUACUGGACGCGAACGCAACCAGCCAAUGCUCAUUCUGUCAAUACUCCACGGGUGCAGACUACGCGAAGACCUUCAAUCUGAAGGAGAAAUACUAUUCUUGGAGAGAUUCCGGGAUCACAGCCUUGUUCUGCAUCACAUCUUACGGAUUGGUCUUUUUGAUGAUGAAGCUUCGAAGUAAGAAGACCAAGAGUGCGCUGUCGGAAUAA